ACAAACAAAACUAUCGACAGUGUUUUCAUAAUAUUAUUCAGUUUACAAUUAAAAAAAUCAUCAUCAUGUUUAAGUUAGGCAAAGAGAUAUUCUUACAAAAUGGUUUAUUGUCGCGACAAUUUAAAUCGAAUAAAAUGCACGUUUCAUUUGUAAAACGAGCAUAUAGCGCUAGUUAUGAAGGUGACGGUAAAACAAAGGUCAAAGUUUUGAAUAUUGAUCCAGAAAUGGGAUUAAUGGUCAAUUCUUUUAGUGAACUUGGUUUUACGCUUAAUAACAAAUUCAAAAUUGUUGGACCGAUGGUGAUAUUUCCGCGCACAGUUCUCUCAUGGAAUGUUAAUUCAGUGGAUGAUGUAAGCGAGAACUCAAUGCGAUUGCUAUUGGCACUCGAACCAAAAUUAGAACUUUUAAUCAUUGGUACUGGUGAUGUUGAAGUCACCCCCGAAUUGACCCGAAAAAUUGCGUCGAUAGUAAAACCGUUUGGAAUUCGAAUUGAACUACUGAAAACUGAACAGGCCUGCACAACCUUCAAUUUCAUGAAUGCAGAAAGUCGUUUUGUGGCUGCCGCAAUGAUUCCUCCAAAGAAAAUUAAAUUCAAUGACAUGGGACUAUUGCAAACGGCCGAACGACAAAAACAACUUUAUGGUCCAGACGAAGAUAUCACAUUGAAACUUAAAUCUUAAAUACUCUUGUAUAUAAAAUAAUAGUAAUAAAAGAAAAGUGUUUGAUUUACUUGAUAGUAUUC